CAUCACCAUAAAAGGAAUUAAGCCUCAACUAUGCAAAUUACAGUUUGGUAGCUGAACUUAAUAAAUCUUUAUAUUUAUAACCUAGAUUUAUUUUUUUGACAUAUAAGUCAUCAAAAUGUUGAUGGAACAUUAAAUUUUAGUACCUAAAAUUUAUGCAUAUUACAUUUUGGUACCUAAACUUUUGAAGUUCUACAUAUAUGUCUAAUUUUUGUAUGCAUAAAUAACAAUCUACAUUAUUUGUUUCACUCUAAAAUCAUGUAAACAAAUUAUUGUGACUUUUGAGCCCGGUGAAGAAGAAAAGACGUCGAAACAUCAAAGGUAGUUGUUGGUGCAAUACGUGUAGAUCAACAGGUCAACCAUGUCAGCUGACCGAUUGAUUUUUCAAGUGCAAUCAUGAGGUUCAUUGUCAUUAGAGCACUCUCCACGACUUUGACUUGAGUUAUGGAGAUAUCUUCGGGUCAACCUUUCCAUGGUGCGGUCGACCAAAUUAGACCUGAACACCGACCUUUCAAUGGUGCGGUUGGCCAGUUUAUUUUUGAACGUCGAACUUUUCAUCAUCAGGUUGACAACAACAUAUAAGCGAUCAACCAUUCUUUUCAUUUGUAAUGGUUAGUCUCGUUGUAAGAGUAUUGAGUAGACAAUUUUCAUAUUUGGUCGACCUUUUUGUCCAAGUCAAGGUGACUUGAAACUUGAAAGUUAUUAUGGGCAAUACCCUAAAUUUGUGGAUGGUCUAAAAGCAAAGAUACCCCGUAAAACAAAAAAAUACAAGUCAACCUAGUUUCAAUCUUUUGUAUGGUCGAGGAAGUGGGUUAAGGCUUAGUGAUGAAAUUGACUAAUCCCGGAUGCGUAAAAAAUGUUGAGUCUCAACAAUCUCCCAAUAUUCAAAUUCAAAUAAAAUAGAGCAUUACAUCAAGAUAACAAAUGUUAUACUUGAAAACAACAUAUAACGUCAACUUCAAGACAUUUACACUUAAGUUCAAAUAUUAUAAAAAUAUCUAACAUACUUAAAAUUAACCAUAGAACAUCGAUUGACAAUUACCUUAUUAGAAAUAGUUUAGUAUUAAACAAUUACUUCGCUACCAUCUAAGUCGAGUUAAUUACAACAUAAGCCUCAUAAAUAACAAUCUACAUUAUUUGUUUAUCACUUUAAAAAUCAUGUAACAAAUUAUUGUGCUUUUAAGCCUCGCGAAGAAGAAAAGACGUCAAACAUCAAAGGUAGUUGUUGGUGCAAUACGUGUAGAUCAACAGGUCAACCAUGCAUGUCGACUGACUGGUCGAUCUUUCAAGUGCAAUCACGGGGUUUAUUGUCAUUAGAGCACUCUUGAUGCUUUCGCUUGAGGUAUGAAGAUAUCGUUAACCCCAACCGGUCGACCUUUCCAUGGUGCAGUCAACCAGUUUAUUUCUGAACACCGACCUUUUCUUGGUGUGAUUGGCCAGAUUAUUUCUGAACGUCGACCUUUACACCAUUAGGUCGAGUACAACAUAUAACCGAUCAACCAUUCUUUUCAUUUGUAAUGGUUAGUCGCAUUGUAAGUGUUCCAUUCAGACGACCAUUUUCAGAUGUGAUGGACCUUUUUGUCCAAGUUAUGGUGACUUGAAAGUCAUUAUGGGCAUAUCCUAAAUUUUUGGAUGGUUUAAAAACAAACAUAGCCCGAAAAAAAUACAAUUCAACCUGGUUUCAAUCUUUUGUAUGGUCGAGUAAGUGAGUUAAGGUUUAUUUAUCAAAUUGAUUUAUCCCGGAUGCGUAAAAAUGUCAUUACAUUUUUCAACAAUCUCCCAAUAUUCACCUUCAUAUAAACUAUAACAGUAGAUCAAGAUAACAAAUACUGAUACUUGAAUAUAACAUGUAACGUCAACUUCAAGACGUUUACACUUAAGUUCAAUAUGGUAAAAGUAUCUAACAUACUUAAAAUUAAACAUAUAACAUCAAUAUUCUAAUAUUACCACUUAAAGUUCAAAAUAUAAAAAUCAAAGCACUCAAUCUUCAAAAAUGGACCAUCAAUAUCCAUAUUCAUCUGGAUUGCAUCAACCAUAUGAGAAAUUUUGAACAUCAAUCACAUCAUACUCAAAUCAAUUUCCUUAAAAUUCAUGUAGUAUGUAACUAACAAAAUAUUCUAUCAUGACCCAAAGAUGAAUGAAAUAAGAAAUAGCAAGAUAUGCACACAAUUAAUUUUAUAGUGUAGUGGUAAAAACAAUUUACCUAUAUUCUUGAGAUCCAUGGUUUUAACCUCAACAUGUAUAAUUAAAUUCUCGGUUUUUUAAGAAAAAAUUUAACCAGUUGGUUGAACUAAGCGGUUCUUGUGGGCUUGAUUGAGUCUGUGCAGACUCAUUUACUAUGUUAUUAUUGGAAUUUUAAGAUAUCGAGUCAAAUUGAUUCGAUCGACUAGUCAGUCCACUAGUUGAAAACCUUGAUACAACAUCAAAGAAUUUCAUUUUAUAAUUGAGGAACAUCCUACCAAGUUUCCUUGCCAAUCAAGUCAGUACAAGAGGGAAAUAAAGUUUGAUAUGGUGUUCAAUGGUGAAAAAUCAUGUUCCGUGGUCUGGUUUUAGGAUGUAGACUAUUGCUCUUAUGGUGUCAAUCUCUCUAAAUAAUCUAAAGACAAGUAAUGAUCCUUUAAUGCCUCUUAUCACUGCUGUCAAACUUCUAUCCCCUAGAUGUUUAUUUAUAGGCCUUUGCAUAAGGUUGUCUGCCAGGAAAAGUUGGUUUAAUACACAUCUGCCGAGCUCCUUCGAGUAUCUUCAAGCUUGGCUACCAAGUUUAGCAUAUUUCUUCCAAAUCUGAGCUCGGUCUGGAGACUCCCAGAAAUGGCAGCCCAGGCGCCAUUUUGGGCUAGGGUCGACUAAUUUCAUGCCAUUUUCUAGACUUUGAUCCAUUCUCUAAUUCUGACUUCUAUCCAUCAUGCCUUGAUGUUCCCCACUCGUACAAGAUGGUCCACUAGAAUACUUUAGCUUGAAAUCACAUGGAACACUACAAAAAAUGCAUGAAAAAUAAUAUAAGAAUCCUAGUGCCACUAAAACUUGAUGUGUCUUACUAUCCAAAAUUGGUACAAUAUUUUAUAUCCUAUGCAAAUGUGGUUGAGAUGACUAUCACUUAAUAGAUGUUUGCAUAUGUAUUUGAAAUUCCAAAUAGUGGAAGGAAAAUCAUUUCUUUUAGUAUUUGAAAUGAAACUCGCUAUUCAAGGGAUAUCAAAAUACGAAUUGUUUGUGGCCUCCUAAUGGUGAAGAAGUUGACAUCCGUACGUAGUAGGCCAAGUUCGAACACAUUCUUCCAAAUGGUGGACAUCGUGUAACAAUUAUCUACUUUGACAUGGAGCUUCUCACUCACCUACUCGGCCAUAUAAAGGUGAACUUGUCAUAUAUGAUUUUCAAUAAUAUGCUUGCUGUUGUGAAUAAUUAGAGCAAGAUUCUUCCAUAUGGUAUCAUAUUGACUUUGAAAUUUGAGCAUUUUAAUAUGAAUUUAAGUGACGAGAUUUGCUUAAGAGUUAAAAACCAGAUAAUUCUGGUUGUGUGAUGGUGUGUAUAUCUGAGCUAACAAUGUAAAUGAAGACGAGGACGAGACUGAUGAAGAGGCCAUGAAAGAGCGAAUGACACAACCAAAUAAUUUCGUUCCACUAAUCACCCUUAACGAUACAUGGAAUCACAUGAUGAUAUGCCGAAUUAUAUUGGGCAUAUAUCCAACCAGAUGGACACACUUCAGUUGACUGUAAAUGAGAUGCAAGAUGAAGCUGGAUCCUUUAGUGGAAGACACGUAUAUCCUACCACAUUCAAGCACGGGAAUUUUCGUACCACCAAUCCGAAAAAUCACGAUGAGAUAGAUUAGGGGAUUAACGAAUGACAUUGUGCAUUUUAUUUGUAUUUUGGAUUAAGUUUAAGUCGCUAUUGUUUUGUAUUUGAGACAUUUGUGGACUUUUGUCAAUUGUGUAUAUUGUGUCUAAGUAUUAUCGAUUAAGAUGUUUUUUUUUUCAUUUAUGAUUGUGGAUUGAAUUUUGAUUUUUUUUUAGCAACCGUUGGACAUUCUGUUUCCCUAAUCCUAUCGACUAGAGCAAACACCAACUUCGUCGGUUAGCAACUUAGCGUCUACACUUCAAAACGGUCAACAUGUAUAUCAACAUCAUUGAUGUGAGCAUCUUCUUAAUUUUGGUCGACCUGCCAUCCCAAGAGGUUGGCCUCUUCAACAUAAUGGUCGUUCAUUAUGUCGUCCACUCGACCUGCUGAAGAAAACGGUUGACAGUUCUUUUCCUUCAAAAUUAUGAAACCUCGUCGCAACAAGAUUAAGCGCGUCAUCGGCCGGUAGACCAAUUCUCAUAAAAUGUCAACAUUUUUUUUUGUCCCAAUUAUGAUGAAUUGAAAAUCAUCGUAGUCGUACCCUAAACUUCACACACUACUACAAAGUUAGCAUAAUACAACGGUAAAUUUGGGUACUUACUAAGUAAUCUAAGUCCCACACAUGGCUACCUAUUGACUCGCGUACCGAAAAAGUACAUAAUAGUUUUUUUUUUAUACCGAAACCUUGGUUCAACCGUUUUCCACCUCUAAAAUCAGGUAUUGAUUUGGAUUCGAUAUCUGAUAUUUUCGGUCGGACCGACCGAUAAGACUGGUUUUUAUCUCAGCUUGUCCCUGAGUAAUGGGCACAUGGAGAAAGACCCCAAAAUGCAUCAUUAUCAUCAUAUAUAUAUAUAAAGAGAUAAAUGACGAAAAAGAAAGGACAUAGCAAUGUGCCCUUACCCUACACCAUGGGCGGUUUGGCCUUCCAUUUUUUCAAUUACAAAACAAAACUCUCCCCUUUUUUUCUGCAACUCUUUUCUUUUCUUUUGGUUUCUCUAUCAUCAUGUGCUGUGCUGCCUUCUUCUUCUUCUUCCUUGGGUCUUCUUCUUUUUUUUACUUCUUUCCCCAUUGCUAACCAGUAGCUAGUGCAGCAAAUACAAUCAAUCAUCGUGCUUAGAUUCCCAAUAUACAUAUUAAACUAAUCACACUCACAAGCAAGCAAGAAAGAAAGAAAGUCACAGGCCAAAAGCAACCUGCCUGCCCAGCUAGCUACCUUGUGUGCAGAACUGGAUUAUCUUAUAUUAAUCACAAUAAUUAGGUUGUGGGUUUAGUUUAUUAAAGUGGUCUGUCACGAGACAUCACGUGAUGGCUUGAUUAAUGUCCUUUUGGGGAAAAAAGAGGGGCAAGAAAGAAAAUAUGGGUUUUUUAUUUUUUUAUUUAUUUGGGGUGGUGAUCCUAUACUUAUUUUCUGGCUAUGAACAUGAGGUUUGGGAAAUAUUUGGAAUUUUGUUUCCCCUCAAAAUAUGGAAUUUUGUUUUUUUUCAGAAAAGAAUGGGGUUGGUAUGUGAAUUCUAAUUGAAUAUGUUAAUUAACAGGAUUGAUCCCCCCCACUUAGGUUUGAAUUUUAGCAUCCUUGAUUGCAGGUCUGUGUCAAGGUUUAAUUAAGUGGAAUGUUGAGAGUUAUUUUUUUUUUUACCCUUUAGAAAACAUAUAUUUAGAUCCAAUCUCAUAGGUCGGGUAAUAAAGUUUUGAUCCAAUCUCUGGAAAGUGGAAAUUAAAAAAACAUCUCUUAGAUCCAAUCUCUGCACCCUUAACUUAACUUAUGGACCUGCAGUGCAGUGCAGGCUGCACAAAUAAAUAAAUGACCGUAUUAAUUUAAACCCUCCCCCCACCACAUUUCUGGCAAUUGAGGAGGCCAACUAACCGGUGAAAUUGCAAAGCUCGGUAAUUUUACUUCGGGUUAAAAUAUAAUUAUUUCUGAAAUGAAAUGAAUUGUCGAUUCAUUUGAUACCAAACGAAAGCAAUUGUAAAUUCAAGCUUCAUCGGUCAUGUUUGGGCCCCUUCAAAACUAGCCCCAAUUCUUUGUCAUUGAGGGGUCGUUUGGAAGUUGCGAUUGUUAAAUAGAUGUAUUGUUGAGAAUGCAUGUAUAAUAUUAUACAUGUAUUGUCGAAUUUGAUGCAUUGUAGAAUACAAUGUUUGGUAUGUGUGAUUGUGUAUGUCGCAUCAGCUAAAAGCUGAGACAAAACAAUCUCAACAAUCACAACUAAAAGUUGAGAUAUAACAAUCACUCAAAAUGAGUGAUAGUUUCUGUCACAUCACAUAAACAAUCCAUGUAUUGUUUCUGCUAAAAAAACAAAAAAAAAAAACAAUGCAUUGUAAACAAUACAUGCAUAAUGACAAUCUCAACAAAACUAUCGCAACUUCCAAACCAACCCAGAAAGUUAAUCUUAAUCUGGCCGAGUUCCCAUCUACAUAUUUUCCCCACUCCACAAUGAUCACCAGAGCUACAGUUGUACUUGGCGGGAAACCAAGGCAGGAAAAGCAAAUUACUAUACGACACAAAUUUGCUCAUCUCACCAGUCACCACCCAACCCCAUUCAGAGAAGAGAAUGAAACCCUAACCUUGUUAUCCACAUCUCCAUCUCCAUCUCCAUCUUCUCCCCACGCCCUGACAAAGUGACACCCAUUAAACAAAACUCACCCCAUCUAGUAAAACUCUCAUCCAUUUGCACAAGUGCGUAAUGAACACAGUAAAACAGUCUAAUUACUUCCAAACCGAAGGUCUCCAAUUCGAAUCCCGACAGUGCUACUACUAAUCGAAAUUCAACCUCCCAUCUCACCUUUCCAAAAACAACUCCCAUUCACCCUCUCCAUCAAUCUCUCACACUAACAAGCAAGUCUCUGCUCAAACACAUGAUGCCUUAGCUGUUUCUUUCUUGGAUCCGGGAUUCUGUGCCCUCCCCUCCUUCCCAUUUUUUUAUAAACCCUAAACCCGUCACCAGAAGAAGAAGCAGAAAAAAAAAGUAAGAAAAAGCAGUAGCACUGCCCCCAAAUUAACUAAUCCAAAAGACCAAACCACAAUUAAUUAAACUACUAAACCCACCAAAGCAAGCAAGACAUGGUUGGUUUUGGUGCUUGUUCUUCCUCUCCCUCACUCCCUCACCUUCUCCCUUUGCUCCUCCUUCUUCUCUCCUUUGUUCCUCCUCCCUAAGCUCCUCAAAUCUCUCCCAGAACUUCCCCAUUUCCACCUCCUUCCCCCUCGGAAUUUGCAUCCUUACCCAUAUUUAGUUUACCCAAGCCCACCUUAACCUCCUCCUCCUCUUCCUCUAUUUCUAAUGCCUGUAAAUCCAUUCUCCCUCUUUUCACUCCUACUCUUCUUCCACUUCCUCUCCUCUUCUUCCUCCCCUGUUUUCGCUCUAAACCCACAGGGCCAAUCUCUCCUAUCAUGGAAGAACACCCUGAACCCUUCCCCUGACGCUCUCCGGAACUGGGACGCCGCCAGCCCGACCCCAUGCGCCUGGUCCGGCGUCACCUGCAACUCCAACAGCCAAGUCGUGGGAUUGGAUCUCCGGUAUGUCGAUUUGUACGGCGCCCUGCCAUCCAAUUUCACCGCCCUGUCGUCGACGCUGACCACGCUUGUCCUCACCGGAACCAACCUGACCGGUUCGAUCCCCAGGGAGAUCGGAACCCUCCUCCCGGAGCUGACUUACUUGGACUUGAGCGACAAUGCGUUGACUGGGGAGAUCCCCGUGGAGCUCUUCGACCUGGGGAAGCUCGAAGAGCUCCACCUGAACUCGAAUCAGCUCGAGGGUUCGAUCCCCGAUCGAAUCGGGAAUCUGACGGGGCUGAAGUGGCUGGUUUUGUUCGAUAACCAGCUCGGCGGCAGGGUUCCCGAUACCAUAGGGAGGUUGAAGAGCCUGGAGGUGAUUCGAAUCGGUGGGAAUAAGAAUCUGGAAGGAUCGAUUCCUGUGGAGAUUGGGGGUUGUGAUAAUCUGACCGUGCUUGGGUUGGCGGAGACCAGCAUCUCCGGUUCGUUACCGGCGACGCUGGGCCGGCUGAGGAAUCUGCAGACGAUUGCGAUCUAUACUGCUCUGCUUUCCGGACAAAUCCCGCCGGAGCUCGGCGACUGUACGGCGCUGGAGAAUGUUUAUCUGUAUGAGAACUCGCUGUCCGGUUCGAUUCCGAGCGCGCUGGGGAAGCUGACGGAGCUAAAGAAUCUGCUGCUGUGGCAGAACAAUUUGGUGGGGAUUAUCCCGCCGGAGCUCGGGAACUGCAGGAAGAUGCUGGUCGUUGACGUUUCGAUGAACUCGUUGACCGGCAGCAUUCCGCAGUCGUUUGGGAACUUGACGGAGCUGGAGGAGUUGCAGCUGAGCGUGAACCAAAUCUCCGGGGUGAUUCCGCCGCAGAUUGGGAACUGCCGGGAGCUGACCCACAUCGAGCUCGAUAACAAUCUCAUCUCCGGCGCCAUCCCGGUGGAGAUUGGGCAGUUGGUGAAUCUCACGCUGCUGUUCCUCUGGCACAACAAGCUCGAGGGGAACAUCCCGGCGUCCAUUUCUAAUUGCUGGAAUCUGGAGGCCGUGGAUAUGUCGCAGAACGGAUUGAUGGGACCCAUCCCCAAGGGGAUAUUCCAGCUCACCAAACUCAACAAGCUGUUGCUCCUCUCCAACAGUCUCUCCGGCGAGAUUCCUCCGGAGAUCGGGAACUGCUCGGCGUUGAUUCGGUUUCGUGCGAAUGGGAACCGCCUCACUGGGUCGAUUCCGCCCCAGAUUGGGAACUUGAAGAAUUUGAAUUUCUUGGAUCUUGGAUCGAACAGGAUCAAUGGCGCCAUACCGGAGGAAAUCUCCGGUUGUCGGAAUCUCACGUUUCUGGAUUUGCAUUCUAAUUCGAUCUCAGGCGAGCUUCCCCGGAGUCUCGGUCAGCUCGCUUCGCUUCAGUUCGUUGAUUUCUCCGGUAAUAUGAUUGAAGGCAAUCUGACUGCCGGUCUUGGCGAGUUGAGCUCGCUCACCAAACUCGUCCUGUCCGCGAACCGGUUGUCGGGUCGGGUACCCGAUGAGCUCGGAUCCUGCUCGAAGUUGCAGCUACUUGACCUAAGCAGCAAUCAGCUACAGGGAAACAUUCCGGCGAGUCUGGGGAAGAUCCCUUCGUUCGAAAUAGCUCUGAAUCUCAGCUGGAAUCAACUCACCGGCGACAUCCCCACUCUGUUCACUGAGCUCGACAAGCUCGGGAUCUUGGAUCUCUCCCACAACCAGCUCACUGGCGACCUUCAAUCCCUCGCCGACAUGCAAAACCUCGUGGUGCUCAACGUCUCCCACAACAAUUUCUCCGGGAGAGUCCCCGACACCCCGUUCUUCUCCAAGCUCCCCGUGAGCGUCCUCUCCGGCAACCCUUCCCUCUGCCUCCCCGGAAGCCCCUGCGCGGCCGGGUACGGCAAGGAUCGGCGGCGGUCGACGGUGGCGCGGCUGGUGAUGGUGGUCCUGCUCUCCGUGGCCUGCGCCCUGCUGGUGGCGGCGCUGUACAUUAUCCUCGCCAGCAGAAGGCGGGGCCGGAACGGUGGGCCCGACGACGAUUGCGACCAUCUCGAUGCCGACGCCGACGUGGAGAUGGGCCCACCGUGGGAAGUGACGUUGUAUCAGAAGCUUGACCUGUCAAUUUCCGACGUGGCAAGGUCCCUGACGUCCGCAAACGUCAUAGGCCGCGGCCGCACUGGGGUCGUCUACAGGGUCACGGUCUCCUCGGGGACAACCCUAGCCGUCAAGAAAUUCAAAUCCUCGGAGAAAGUCUCCGCCGCCGCGUUCUCAUCGGAGAUCGCGACCCUCGCAAGAAUCCGCCACCGGAACAUCGUCCGCCUGUUGGGAUGGGCGGCCAAUCGAAAGACCAAGCUCCUCUUCUACGAUUACAUGGCGAAUGGCACAUUAGGAGAGUUUCUCCACGAAGGAAACUGCGGGCUUUUGGUCGAAUGGGAGACCCGAUUCAAGAUCGCGUUGGGCGUCGCCGAAGGAUUGGCGUACCUCCACCACGAUUGCGUCCCGGCGAUCCUCCACCGCGACGUGAAGUCGCACAACAUCCUCAUCGGCGACCGGUUCGAGUCCUGCCUCGCCGAUUUCGGUCUGGCCAGGCUCGUGGAGGACGGGCACGGUUCGUUCUCGGCCAACCCGCAGCUGGCCGGUUCGUAUGGCUACAUGGCACCGGAGUAUGCUUGUAUGCUGAAAAUUACGGAGAAGAGCGACGUGUACAGCUACGGAGUAGUUUUAUUGGAGAUCAUAACGGGCAAGAAACCGGUCGACCCAACGUUCACCGAGGGGCAACACGUGGUCCAAUGGGCGAGAGAGCAUCUGAAGAGCAAGAAGGAUCCGGUUGACAUUCUCGACCCGAAGCUGCAAGGCCACCCGGAGACGCAAAUACAGGAAAUGCUCCAAGCCCUGGGGAUCUCGCUCCUGUGCACGAGCAACCGGGCGGAGGACCGGCCGACGAUGAAGGACGUGGCGGCGCUGCUGAGGGAGAUUCGGCACGAGCCGAUCGGGGGCGGCGGCGGCGGCGGGAGCGAGGGGGGACAGAAGGUGAAGCCGGCGGUGAAGACGGGGGAGAGCCCGCGGUCGUUGUCGUCGUCGUCGGCUGCGGUGACGCCGGCGCAGUUGUUGAUGGUGCAGGGGUCCUCGAAUUGCUCGCUCGCCAAUUAUUCCUCUAGUUAUAGUAAGCAGUAGGGAAUCAGAGAUCACAUGGCUGGUGUUUGGGCGUUGUAGAUCUAGCAAAUUAGUUUUAAAAAAAAAAAAAAUCUGGGAUUUGACCGGAAGGACAAAUUAGUGUUCGAGGGGAGUGGUAGUGUUGAUUAGUUUAAUAUUUUUCAGACUUUUUGCCCACACCACAUGAAGGGCAGAAAUGCAGAAUAGUUUGUAGAAAUUUGGUGGGGGAGAUAGAGUGGCCAAUGAAGGAAAGAAAGAUGCCUUUCUUUGGAUACUCACGUGGCGCACAUGCCAUUAGCCUGUACCAAAUUAGCACAAAAAAAAUAUAUAAGGAAGAGAAAUUUAUAUUGAAUGAUAAUAAAUUAAUAAUGCAUCUCCAGUUAUCCUAUACUAGCUGAUGAGUGAUGACUCAUGUGUAAUGUGAGCUUUGUAGAGUACUCCCACCUCUAUUACACUACGCCUUCAAAAUUAGUCGAGCUGCGCAAGCGGCUCGUUAUUCGAUUGAGGAAAAAAAAAUUAUUCGAAAUUUGGCUCGUUUACUAAUAAGUCGAGUUUGAGUUUAGCCUCUUGCAGCUCGCGAGCUAGCUUGACUCGGUAGCUUGUGGAGCUCAAUUUGUCGUGAGCUAGCUCGUUUAAAGCUAAUGAGAUGUCUCAAACUCUCGACAUUGUGGCUAGAGAGCCAACUCGAUUACCGCGAGUUAUGAGCGAAUCAAUUUUUAUGAGUUAGAUUUUGAUAAUUCAUAGGAUUGUUAAAUUAUAUAUCUUACUCUAUAUGAAGUUUAACACGUAGAUUAUGUGAGCAAAUAUGCCUUAUCUUAAUUUUAUAAAGCAAUUAUGUAUCAUAGAUUGCUUCGAUGGUGUGAAAUAACAUAAAUUUCACUAGUUAAAUUUAUUAACUAAAUAAUUUGAUACAACAAAGUAUAACAUGUGAUUACUUAAUAUUGAACACUUAAUUAAUAAUAAUAAUAUUAUUAUUAUUUUCUUCAUCUUCACAUUAAUAACAUGUAUCAUGUAUGAUAUACAAAAUGAAUAUAUCAAAUACAAGUCAAGAUUUUAAGCAAGCUAGCUCGAACUCGACUCGGCUCGUUACUAAAUGAGUUGAGAACAAGCCAAGCUCAAGGUCAACUCGUUUAUUAACGAGCUCGAGGUCAACCCGUUUAUUAACGAGUCGAGCUCAAACUGGGGUAAAACUCGACUCGAUUCGGCUCAUUUGCAGCCCUAGACCACUAUGCUUGCUGGGCUACAGUAGAAGGACUUGGCACCUAAUUUCCAAAAUACUAACUCCAUUAAUAGAUGGAAAAGUAAAUCCCAUACGGAGAGAUUUAUUUUAUAAGGUAAAACUGAAUUUAAUUGACAAGACUUAUUUUGAAUUGAAAUGAGGGAGUUCCUAUAAAGCUGGACGUGCUUACUAUGGAGCACUGUAAUGAUAGGUGAUCUCAUGGGAAGUCAUCUUAAUAUGCACUUUAAAGCAAAAAUCAUGGGGAUCUAUGCUCAAAGCGGACAAUAUCUUGACGAGAAAAUGUUCGGGAUGUUACAAAUCAUUUUAGAGUGUUUAUUAACAAAAAUAAAGUUACAGAAUAUCG